AUGUCCAAGCCCGCGGUUCUGUUAAUUGGCGGCUUGACCCAUACCAACACAGAGUGGAAAGAGUUUGGCUCCAAAUACGUGCUGAAAGAAUUUCGCAAAGGGACCCGCGAACAAUUCUUGUCCAACUGCAAAAACGGCGAAUAUGACGACGUCGUUGCACUAUAUCGUUCAAAUACGUCUACCUCAGAGACUGGCCCUUUCGACGAAGAGCUGGUGUCUGUCCUCCCUAGAUCGCUGAAAUAUAUCUGUCACAACGGAGCGGGAUACGACAACAUUGACGUGGAUGCAUGCACACGCAAAGGGCUUGAAAUCUCCAGCACUCCUAUCGCGGUUGACGAUGCUACUGCGGAUGUUGGUAUUUUCCUGCUGCUGGGUGCUCUCAGACAGGCAUGGAUCCCUUUGACUGCCAUCAAAGCGGGAAAAUGGAGAGGGAACACUCCCUUAGGGCACGAUCCUAAGGGUAAAGUCCUCGGAAUCUUAGGUAUGGGCGGUAUCGGCAGGGCCAUUGCAAAACGUGCUCGAGCGUUUGGUAUGAAGAUUGCCUAUCACAAUCGGUCGAGACUACCCCCAACACUCGAGGAAGACGCGACAUACCUCAGCUUCGAUGAGUUACUCGCCCAAUCGGAUGUCCUGAGCCUGAAUCUGUCUCUCAACGCCAAAACCCGUCAUAUCAUAUCAGCUCCUGAGUUCGCAAAGAUGAAGGAUGGUGUGGUCAUUGUCAACACCGCUCGAGGGGCCCUGAUGAACGAAGAAGACCUAGUUGCUGCACUCGAGGAUGGCAAGGUCUCAUCGGUGGGGCUGGACGUCUUUGAGGAAGAACCCAAAGUGCAUGAGGGACUGCUGAAAAGCGAGCGAGCCUUCAUUGUACCGCAUAUCGGCACAAAUACCUAUGAGACACAGAGAGAGAUGGAGCUGCUGGUGCUGCAGAACCUGGAGAGCGCAGUUGACAAGGGGGUGCUAUUGACACCCAUACCGGAGCAAAAGGGCAAGCUGAAUGGCCACUUAUGA